GUUUGGUUGAGUGGAAGUAUUCGUCGUCCUUCCAAAGUUUACUAAAACGUAAGCGGCCAACGUAAAUUUUACUUCCGUGUUGAUUUUCAUCAGUUUGAAGUUUUGAUGAGACUUUUACAUGUUUUACCAUGACACCCUAAAGUGACACCAAGAAUCCAGAGACAAGUGGAAAAAGUGAGAAAAUGGCAUCGUAUCAACCGUCUAGGCAAAUGUCUGGGGGCCCUAUGAAGGCUUCCACAGUCCCUUAUUUCUAUGGGCGAAUCACGAGAGAUGAGGCUGAAGAAAUUCUCAAAGAUAACAGUUGUGUAGAGGGCAUGUUUCUUCUCAGAGAAAGUAUUAGUCCCCUUGGGAACUACGCAAUCAGCCUGUGUCAUGAUAACAAAGUACAUCACUACAGUAUUGAGAAGCAGACAGAUGGUACAUACAUGAUUCCAGCAGGGAAGAAAUUUUUAGGGCCAGUCGAGCUAAUUGCACAUCACCAGCAGGUCAAAGAUGGCGUGAUAACCCUGUUAUUGACCCCAUGUAACCGUGGAGAUCAGCAGGCACCUGUCGCAUUCCGUGGUAUGACAUAUUCAGACCUUGAGCAGGAACUGGUCAGAAAAGCUAAUUCAAUAAAGGGCGUAAACAAGGAGCGAGCUUUAGGAUCCCAGCGUGAACAUCUAGUUGUCAUGGUUUCACGCGACCUUCACCUCAAACAGCCCUGGUACCAUGGGAAAAUUGAACGGAACGAGUCAGAAAAACGCCUUAAAAGCACCGGACACAAAGACGGGAAGUUCUUGGUUCGACAGAGAAAUGACAAGACGACAUAUGCCAUAUGUAUCAGCUUUAAACAUGAGACCAGACAUUACCUAAUUGACAAAGAUGAAAACAGCAAACUCGGCAUACAAGAUGGACCGAAGUUUGACUGCGUUAUGAUGUUGAUAGAUCACUACCACAACAAGCAAGAUGGCCUUCUUUGUAAGUUGACCGAGCCAUGCCCGUGUCCGGGAUACGACAAAAAACAACUAGAAAAGUACCUGCAUUUCAACAAGCCGAACCUCGAGUAUUUCCGCCUACCAGGUCGACCCUCUGCAGGUAGUGAAGCAUUGCCACCUGCGAGUGGGCAAGCACCGCCUUUGCCUUCCACAAACAGACGACCAAGUUUACGAGAGCUCCAGAACCAGAAAGGGACAAAUCCGCAUGGGAAACGGUCUCUUCCACCUACACCCGAUGAAAACAGUCGCUGGUUGGCUGCUGGUGACUGGGAGGGAGAGCUACGAACUCCUCAAAGUGCACCAUUUGACAGUCGAAGAGUGACAUUAAAAGGUCUCGGUGUUAAUGCAGAUGAACUUGAGGACAUUUACGGCAGUGUUCCGCGAACAUUAAAUGACUUUGACCUGAAACCAAACCAGAUUGACCUUCAAGAUGCCCUUGGUGCCGGCCAGUUCGGAUCAGUAUGUAAAGGAAUUUGUCGACUGAAGACUGGUAAACCCAUACCAGUAGCUGUGAAAACUCUCAAAGAAGCAGACUGCCAUCCAAACCAAGAGCCGGAAUUGCUUCGUGAGGCCAGGAUCAUGAUGCCGUUGAGUCACAAACAUAUUGUCCGGAUGAUUGGUGUGUGUAAAUCAUCGAGCAUCAUGUUAGUGCUGGAGUUAGCUCCCCUGGGUCAACUUAACAAUUUCCUGGCAGGGAGAAAGGAUUUCUCUCAGAUGGGCAUCGUACAGUUGCUUUGGCAGGUUGCCAUGGGAAUGGAAUACCUAGAGUCAAAAAAGUUUGUGCAUCGUGACCUUGCUGCUAGAAACGUGUUGUUGGUAUCAGAAACGUUCGCAAAAAUCAGUGAUUUUGGAAUGUCAAAAGCUCUUGGAAGAGAUAACAAUUACUAUGAGGCAAAAGAAGCUGGAAAGUGGCCGUUGAAGUGGUAUGCGCCAGAGUGUGUUUACUAUUGGAAGUUUGACUCAAAGUCGGAUGUCUGGAGUUAUGGAGUUACCAUGUGGGAAGCAACUUCAUACGGGGAGAAACCAUACAAAAAAAUGAAGGGUCAGGAGAUCUUACGUUUCCUGGUGGAGGAAGAUAAACGUUUGGAGCGACCUCCAAAAUGUGACGAGGAUGUAUACCAGGUCAUGUUGCACUGCUGGGAAUAUGAAAAGGAUAGACGUCCUGAUUUCAAAACUGUAUCUGGAUAUAUGAAGGAAACCUUUAAAAAAAUGAGACUUCAGUCUAGAAGCUAGGGCAUGCAGGACCAGUUACUCUGUUCUCUUUAAGACAUGAAUAUAGAGUUUCUGCCCUUUUUGUUGUUUGGUUCAGAAGGACCAUAACUCUGUUUUCUUGCAUUUGUGAAUUGGGAGUUGCUGCCCUUUAAAAGGCCAGAGACUCUGUUCCAUUGCAUAAAUGGAUAUGAUGUUGCUGUUUUUUGAAUGCCAAUAACACUGUUUGCUUGCAUUUAUGAAUAUGGAGUUGCCACCCUUUAAAUGGCCAGUAACUCUGUUCCUUUACAAUUGUGAAUAUUGAGUUGCUGCCCUUCCCUUCAUUUGUAAUCACAGCGUUGGUGCCCUUUGAAGGACAAGUAACUCAUGUUAUUUUGCAAUUGUGAAUAUAGAGUUGCUGCCCUUGGAAGGGCUAGUAACUCUGUUUCCUUGCAUUUGUGAAUAUGGAGUUGCUGCCUUUUAAAUGGCAGGUAACUCUGAUUUAUUUUAUUUGUAAACACAGUGUCGGUGCUCUUAGAAGGACAAGUAACUCAUGUUUUUUUUCACAAUUGUGAAUAUAGAAUUGCUGCCCUUAGAAGGGUUAAGUAACUCUGUUUCCUUGCAUUUGUGAAAAUGGAGAAGCCACCCUUAGUUAUUAAUUUGAGACAGUGAACAUUGAAGAAUCAACCACUACAAUAUGUGUAUUUUUCUUUGUAAAAUACAGUGCAAAUAAUGUUUUACUGUUUUGUACUAAAACAGCAUAUUGACAAAACACAUGAAUGUAAUAAUUACAAAUGUACAUGUAUAUACAAAUGUACUGUUCUUGCAACGAAACUCUUUGAUGUAUAUAUGUGAGGGCUUUCCAGUAACUUACGGUAUAAUAUCAUUUGUUUGAAACUAGGACAUUUCUUAGCGAAAAAGGACCUUGGUCACUGUCUGUAUAAAUCUGCCUAUUUUUCAGUGCACAAUAUUCCAAUGGUUAAGCUCAAAUAUGUUGAAUUUUAGUUCAAUUCACCUCUAUCAAUGUACCAGUUUAAGUCAUAAUGGCAUUUUUAGUGUUCUUGUCCUUUAAGGGCAACUGUAAAAAUGUUUGACUAGUAUCACACUGUCGAAUAUUUUAUGCAUCAUAUAAGAGCCAGAUUAAAUUCAAUUGCCUUUUCAUUUAUUAAGCAUUUCUUAGUAAUAUUUAUGUUUAUGAAAUUAAACACAAAUAGGCAUAAAUUAAAAUAAUCAUGCCUUCAGAUUGCUCAAAAUCCAGCAAAAACCCUAAAACUAACUAUUCUACAUAUAUGAAAGGGGUCAGUCAUGUUUAUUUUGUAGCCUAAAGAGCGUGAUUUGAUUCAUACUGUUUUGAUAACUAUAUUAAAUGGGGUUUAUAAUUUAUUCAGUUAUUCCAUUUAUGCCACUAUGUAGAGAUAUACAUGACAUGGAAGGUUUUACAAACUGAUAUCGUAUUUGCCGUCGUUGCAUUACAGAAUAUUUUCUCAAAAUAUGUGUUUUUAUAUAUUGCACCUUAGGCCAUACAAAAUUGUUUGCAUAUAAGCAUCAUCACAUAGUAUGAAAACUUACCUAGCUAUCCUUAAAAAUCAAACAAACCCCAGAAAAAAACAACAACUAAAUGAGUGCCAUCCUAUGUAGAAUAUAGACAUCAGAGCCUCUUUUGUCAAAAUGUGUAGUUUUUUUGCGAUCGGAACGCUAAAACCUAUCUGUCCUUUGACGCUAACCAUAAAAAUGAAUUGGUAUGGCCGAACUGUGAAAGCUUUUCUUGAUGUGUGGGGGGAAAUAAUCUUAACUUAAAUAAAAACAAUUCAUUAUUACUUUAUAAGACAUAUUGAAUCAUAUAUUUAACAUGUAAAGUCCUUCCAUUAAUAUGUAAAGUUCUUUAAGCUAGUUCAUUGUUUUUAGAGUUUUAAAUUUUAAAAACAUGAAGAAUUCUUAGUUUAAUUUACAUACAUAAUUAAAGCGUGUAAUUGUGAAAGUUCAAAUUUGAUAUUUACGAUAGGCAAAUUUAUAUAGAUAGUGACUAAGGUCUUUUCUAGAACUGAUAUUAUAGAAGAGAUUUGAAAUGUUGUAAGAUCUUUGUUACCAAAAAAAAAUACAUGAAAAGUAUUUUUAGCAAAAUCAUAUUCAUUUAUCAUCUUUUUCAAAUGUUAUUCAAACAUGUAAAGCAUUCAAACAUGUAUAUCGUUUUGUUCAGUAUUGAUUGAAUAUUUUUUUCCGAGGAUCGUACUUCGUGUACAUGUAUAUUUUUCUGAUUGUAUGCCUUCCUUCGUCUUUCCAUAGAAAUGUGCAUGGUAUAAUCUUAAUACAGUCGAAACCUGUUGGCUCGAUUUCGCUUGGCUUGAUUUCCUCGUUGGCUCGUACUGGAUGUAAAGGAUUGAUUUCGUUGUACUCUUUGUAAGCAUUCCCGCUUGGCUCAAUAUUCGCCAGGCAAUUUUUUGCCGGUCACUGGGAUAUCGAGCCAAUGGUUUUCGACUGUUAUGUAAAUAAUACAUGUUCAUGUAGCUUUAUUUUCUAAAAAAAAUACAUACCAGCAAUAAUAAUAGUGGUAUUGUAUUUUUUAAAUAGUUAGGUGACAUUAAAUACAUUUGUUUCCCCAGGUACAUUUUAGAUGUAGUUAGGAAAUGAGGUUGUUGUUGUUUUUGAACUUCAAUCUUCUUUAUUCCGUAAUGAAAAUUUUUGAGCAUGAGGAAGGGGAGACUUUUUAAAAAAUAUGUCCCGGGAAUGUUUUUUCUGGUUAGGCAGACAAACUAUUAUUUAUUAAUUAUGGCCUUAAGUAUUUAGAAUGUGUGCCUUGUUAUAUUUGCAGAUAUUUUUUCUCUACAAUCAACUCAGGCUAAAACUGUUAGCAUUCCAGUUUGAUAGUCUUUGUUAGGAAUAUUCUUAUUCCAUAAACACUUACAUAUACACAUACAUGUACACAGAUACAUAUACACUUACAUGGACACUUAUAUACAUACAUAUACAUGUACACAUACACUCACAUGGACACAUAUACAUGUACAAAUACAAUUACAUAUACAGAUAUACAUGUACACAUAUGCUUACAUACACACAUACAUCUACACGUACACUUACAUAUACACAUAUACAUAUACAUUUACACAUUUCAUAAAAAACACAUGUAAUGUGAAAAUGUAUAUUGCAUGUAUAAUGUAGAAACAAGGUGUUUUUAUACAUUAUCUAAAAUGCCCGUUGUCCGAAAUUAUUGGUGUCUAAUAUACUUUAGGAUUACAUUUUCCUUGGAAAUAUGUAUAAGUUAAAGUUACUGUACCAACAACCAUAGUAAUUGUAAUUGUACACCAAGUGAAUGAGCGUGAACAUAGUGUGUAUAUAAGUGAAAAGCGUUAUUAUUUAUCUGAACAAUAGAUACAGUAUUCUGGCUUAUUGUUACUAUUCCAAAAUGCAAGUAAAUGUAUAAUAGAUGAAAACAAAAGAACCUUCUCCGAUAUAGUAUAAAAUUUGAAAUUGUUGUAUAUGUGUAUAUGUAUUUAAAUAAGAUGCCUUUUCAGUUAAAGCUAUAAGAAUGACAUGUUCUAGUAAUACACAUACAUGUACACAUAAUGUGUACAUGUUUGUGUAUAACUAGGUCAUGUAUGUCACAUGCUUUGAGCUGUGCUCAAACAUUUUCUGCUUUAAUGCCAUCAUACCUUUUUAUUGAUCAAUAUUGUUUCUAGUGUGUUUGCUGUGAGUAUGGCGGACAUACCUUAAUUGAGGUCAUGUACAAUCAUUUCAAUAUAACAUAUUUUUGUAUCUUGUUCUAUUUAUAGCAUGGCAUGAUUGUUUGUAAUAUUACCCAUAAACUAGAGCUUCCUGUUUGUCUUUUAAAUGGUGAAGCAGAAUGUUUCAUAUACACCUGAUGGAAAAACGGGGCAUAUUAUGCGAUAAUUCUUGGCGGGGCAGGCUAUGUCAACCAAAGUUUUCUGCUCUCUUCGGGUUCAGUUAAUCUUUAUUGAACUUGGCUUAAAUGUUUAUAGGCAUAAAAUCCAAAAUGAUUGCAAUUACUUGCAUGAAUGACUUCAGUAACUCCUAUAAAGUUUGGCCUUUUAACUGUCAAAACUUUACCAAUACAACCUUUUCUGUUUUCUAUCUUGAUCAUUUUAAAUUCCUUUUCCUAGAAUUUCUGUAAAUAGAAAACCAUGUUAUGACAGCUCCUUUAAUAGGCGUAACCUGCUCAGCCUUUGAUGGUGGCUCCUUUAAUAGGCGUAACCUGCUCAGCCUUUGAUGGUGACUCCUUUCAUGGGCAUAACCUGCUCAGCCUUGCAACGCUCUUGUUUAAAAUGCAAAUGUAUGCUAUGCAUUUAAUCAUAUCAUUGUUCUGUUUGUACAAAUUGCUCUGUGAUAUUUAAUUACAUCUACUUCGUUUUAACGUUUUUGUCUAGCAUAAUAUUGAUCUGAUGCAUAUGUGCUGCAAUUUUAUUAUUUAGUUAGUUUCUUUCAUAUAGUUAAUCAUGAUUUCCAAGUAUAUUAUCUAGUGAACAUGACAGUUUUGGGUUUUAAAAUUUCCCAUGAUAUGCCUCUCAAAAUGGCACCGCAGUAUUGACUUGUACCGAACCAAUUGCUUUGUUUCUGAUUCUAUAAGCUACCAGCCAUUAUCCCAACUGAGCUAUUCCCCAACCCUCCCCCCACCCCCACAAUUUUUUUUGCAAAGAAAUAGAGUAGGUAGGCAUAUGAUUGUUUCUAUUCAAUUUUUUGGUGAGCCAAGAUUCUGUACCAAACAGACCUAGGGGGUAUAUCAGAGUAUUUUACCAUUGUAGAAAAUUUUAAAUAAGAAAUGGUGGAAAUAAACAAAAAAAAAUAAUGCCUAAGUAUAAAUUUAGCACCAAAUAUAGUACAUUUUAACAGUUUUUCUGCAUUGCUGACUAUUUCUUCUUCUAUAAUUGCAAUUCUGGUUCAAAGGUUGCACACCGCCCAAACAUUUUGGUCAAUAUGGUCACGCUUGAAAAUUUCGUCUGCCACCCUCUAAGCCAGAUGAGUCAAAUGCAAAAAUCUACUUCUUCAUAUUUCUUUUACAUUAAAUUAUUGUUCAUAAGAAUAUUUUUUGACAUUUAAUUAGAAAGCAAUAAAUAUAUAUAUCUUUACAAAAAAAUCGUUAUCAAAAGACAUCGAAUUAUCUUAAACAAAUGAAAAUUUCGUCUGCCACCCUCUAAGCCAGAUGAGUCAAAUGCAAAAAUCUACUUCUUCAUAUUUCUUUUACAUUAAAUUAUUGUUCAUAAGAAUAUUUUUUGACAUUUAAUUAGAAAGUAAUAAAUAUAUAUAUCUUUACAAAAAAAUCGUUAUCAAAAGACAUCAAAUUAUCUUAAACAAAUGAUCUAAAUGACAUCAUUAUAUUGAACUAAAAUUACUACGCAUCAUUAUGUCAGUAAACAAUGUCGAUCAGGCAUGCUUUUUGGUGAAUUGAAUGAAAAUGCUUUUUCAACAUUAUUUUUUGUUUUUCACAUAUGCAACAUAUAAGCUACGCAAGAAAAAAGCUCAAUCUCACCCACGGGCAAGCUGUGGGCCAGCCUUCUUACCGACAUCCGCACAUGCCCUAGGGUUAAAUUUUCUAGUGAUAGAUUUUUUAGUUCUGCUGGUUCCCAAAUUUGUACCCACUGUUAUACAGUGUGGCCAUACCACAUGGUUUGUAAAUUCACAUUUGAAUAUCGCGAGUAAAAUGCCUGGUACUUACUGAAGGCUGAUAGGUGAUUUCAUUGAUUGUAACUGUAGGUUAUAAUUAAUCUAAUUUCUGUAUACCCUCCUGCUAACUCAAUAAAUGUCCCUCCAACAUUUUUCAUGUGUGGUUUUAUUACAAUAUCAAAUGAAUUUGGGUUUGAUUCAAUUUGAACUUUAAUAAGUAAUGUUGACAACAUUAAGUAAUGUUACAACUUUCUAUGCAUAAUCAUCAUAAUGCUUGAUUCUUCAGACACGUUUUGCUACCUAGACAUUCAAAUGUAAAAACUUAUUUUGCUUUAAAUUGUUUGGUCCUGUACAUGUAUGCAUUUUAAAUAAAGCAUUAUUGUUUACAAAUCUGUAAAUAACAACAUGCUUAUAUAAUAACAAUUGUUUACAUAACUUCCAUUGAGUGAGAAACUGUUGUUUUUUCAAUCAUUCCUUAUACACUAAUCAAUUGUAACCACAGCCCCCCAGGUCCCGGGGAUAGCCGGGGAAAUGGGCCGUGUCUUUACCUUCCAGGUGGCCUCGCAGUGUUUACCUUCCAGAUGGCCUCGCAGUGCCAGGUAAAUGCCAUGGCUCUGUCUUUGCGCCAAAAAUAGUGGGUCGUUCCUAGGGUUCCUCGGUCGUGGGGGAAUUUGGCGGGGAUUUUACGAUCAGUUUGUCCCGGCAGGGCAGGGAUUUCACCCGAGUUUGGCUGGACUGAAAGUCAAAGUCCCCGCUAUUCCCCAGACCUGGGGGGCCGUGGUUACAAUUGAUUGGUGCAUUACUUAACUAUAUCUGAUUUUGGUCAAAAAACUAUACAUUGAUAAGUGUGAACUGUUUGUGCAUGUUUACUGUUGAAUUUUAUAGACUUGUUAUUCUUUUGAUAUAUAACAUUAUUUAAGGGGCGUAGUCGGCUGUGAUGACUUCAUUUUUUUUAGAUGAAGGAAUUCAAAAAUAAAUAAGGGGUCGAAUAAGGCCUCUUGAUAAUUUCUUAAUUCCCUUCUACCUGACCUACUAAAAUGUUCCGACAAAGAUGAUAACUUUGUUUUGAGCAUUUUCUGACAUACUGCAACAGUUUAUAAUACAAUAAAUAUUCAAUUGUCGACCACUUUCGUUUAAAAGUUCACAUUUUUUAUAUUGUGAUUAUAAAUUGCUUAAAAAUCAUUAUAAGCAUUUUUCUAGGAUAUUUUAUUUGAUGUGGUGCUUGACUACAGACCUAGGGAACACUGGUUUAAGCCUUGGUGCAUGGGAAUAAAAAUUAUAUUUUUAAUGUUAUAUUUAUAAAUUAAUUUAAUGUCUUAUGACCAUGGUAAUUUGCUUGUUUUUUUUUUUGUUUUUUUUUUUAUAUAUUUGAUAACAAGAAAAAGCUGACAAUGCCCCUUUAAAUGUCCAAGAUUAAAUUUUAAACUUUA